AUGGAAUCCUUAGCAGAUACCCAAUGGGACGUGACCAUAUCCGGGACGGGGCUUGCGCAGUCGCUUUUGGCAUUAGCUCUAUCCCGGUCAGGUAAGAAAGUUCUUCACGUGGACAAGAACUCAUACUAUGGCGGUCCUGCGGCUGCGUUCAGCAUCCAGGAAGCACAGGAAUGGGUAGACUCGUUACAGAAAGAGCCUGGACGAGAGCCAUUUGAAGAUGUCUCCAUCUACUCUCCUGCAGAUGCAGCAGACGGAGGAAAGAAGUUGUCCUCUUCCAGAGCUUACUCACUUUCUCUGUCACCACAACUUGUCUAUACUCGCUCCAAGUUGCUACCCACACUUGUGUCUUCCAAAGUUUACAGGCAGCUCGAGUUUCAAGCCAUCGGCAGUUGGUGGAUCUACGGAAACUCGCCAGCUGCUGCUGAAGAUGGCAGUCCAGCGAACGAUCAACUUCGACGAGUGCCGAGCAGUCGUGAAGAUAUUUUCGCCGAUGACAAGAUCAGUAUGAAGGCAAAGAGGAUGUUGAUCCGUUUUCUCCGAACCAUCAACCAGCCGCAGCAGACCGGUGAGGACCUUGAGCAGCCGCACACCGUGGAAGAAGAUGAUUCAGACAUGCCUCUUUCAGAGUAUUUGAAUGCAAAAUUUAAUGCCCCGCCAGAACUUCACGACGCUAUACACUCGCUAUCCUUGUGUCAACAGGCUCCGCAUCAAACACGUGCAAAUGUUGCAUUGCCUCGUAUUCGACGACAUCUAGGCUCGUUGGGCGUGUUUGGGCCUGGCUUUGCAAGCUUACUCGCUAAGUGGGGUGGUGGUGCAGAAAUCGUCCAAGUGGGCUGCCGUGCCCUGGCUGUAGGCGGCGGCGUCUACGUUUUAGGGCAAGGUGUACAGUCUAUCGACACGUCUAAAGCCGAAGAUGAGAGCUGCUAUCUCUUGACAUUGUCAAGCGGAGAACGAAUACGCAGCAAAUAUGUUGUUGGGUCUCUUUGGGAUUUGCCAGCUGAAGCAGGCCAUCCUCCAAUAGCAACGGACAAGGUCUCCCGCUCGAUAUCUCUCAUCUCUUCGCCCCUACAAAGCCUCUUCCCCGUAACUGCGGAAGGGGGACCAGUCCCUGCAGGAGCGGUAGUACUCGUUCCUAGCGAGACUCUUUCUAGUGUUACCGCAGAUGUUGCACCAAUAUACUUACUAGUUCACUCUAGUGAGACGGGAGAAUGCCCAGAUGGACAAUGCGUCAUCUAUGGCAACGUCUCAAUACCUGGUAAGGAAGGCCAGCAUAUUCUAGAAAUAGCAAUCGAGUAUCUGCUUGCAUCGCUCACGAAUGCGAACGACAAGCCGACUGUUUUGUGGUCCUUGCGCUUUACUCAAGUCGGGGUUCUAGAAACCUCGGGUAGCCCUACUGGUAUCUGUAAAAGUACGAAGUCUGACGAUAUUUUAUUUUUCUCGCCGUCUAGUCUUGACCUCGCCUUUGACGAUCGUAUUGUAGAAGGUGUGAGGGAGGGCUGGAAAGCUAUUCUGGGUGAAGAAGCACACGAUGACAUGUUUAUGAAUUUUGAGGAUAGAGAGGCAUACGAUGACGACUGA